CCCCAGGCGGAUAGGUGAGAGACGAAGGAAAGUGACAAGAGUAACAGAGCAAAAAGCCCGUACGCCGCCGAUUCCUUUCCCAUCACUGCGGCUGCGCGCGCGUCGCUCCGGAAGCGGAAGUGCACAAGAGGUCAGGAUGGCUUUUCAAGAUGGCGGCCCUCAAGGCGCUUGUAUCUGGCUGCGAGCUGUUUCUCCGAGGGCUCCUGGCGGGCCCAGCCGCGACCAGCUGUAUUAGGCCUCCAGUUCGCGGGUUCAGGGAAGUGGUGGAGAUCCAAGAAGGGAAGACAACUAUAAUUGAAGGCCGUAUCACUGGGACUCCCAAGGAGAGUCCAAAUCCUCCUAACCCUUCUGGCCAGUGCCCCAUCUGCCGCUGGAACCUGAAGCACAAGUAUAACUAUGAGGAUGUUCUGCUGCUCAGUCAGUUCAUCCGGCCUCAUGGAGGCAUGCUGCCCCGAAAGAUCACUGGCUUGUGCCUGGAAGAGCACCGCAAGAUUGUGGAGUGUGUGAAGAUGGCCCACCGUGCAGGUCUCUUCCCAAAUCACAGGCCUCAGCUUCCUGAAGGAUUUGUUCCGAAGAGCAAACCUCAGCUCAACCGGUACCUGACCCGCUGGGCUCCUCGUUCCGUCAAGCCCAUCUACAACAAAGGCCACCGCUGGAACAAGGUGCGCAUGGCUGUGGGAUCACCCCUUCUGAGGGACAAUGUCUCCUACUCACGGACACCCUUGAAGCUGUAUCACUGACUUGAGAGCAGGGCUUCCAGAGAGCCUGGCUGGAGUGCCUCCUGCACCUCCGCUGUGGAGGGGGAGGCCUGCUCACGACCCCUCAGCCAUUCCUGCUCCAGCCCACCCGGUUGGCCUGACCCUGCCAACACGAAGACAAGGGACUGUGGAACUAACUUCAGGACCCCUGGCCUGCCCAGUAGCAGUGCUGGGAGCUAGGGGAGGCAGGGAAGUUGGGUCCCUUGGCAGCUGCUGUAUGACUUGGGCUGUGCUCAGUGCUGAGAGACAGUUUUCUGCAAAGGAAUGUCAUAAAUGAGGCCCAUGGGUUA